UCAUCCUCGACAUUGUCUCCAGAGCACCUCACCCAUCCCGCCGCACGCCUUCUCCUCUCCAUUCUUCGCACGCCGCCCAGCUCGUGUGUCGAGCGGACUCGGCAUACGCUCGCGCGAUCAGCACGUCUGCACUGCGACACGUGCCUGGUCAGCGCUCCCAUGCGGCCUCUGUCCUCCCACAAAAAGUUGUCGCCCAACGCCUCCACCUUCUGAACCACCGAGUCGCCCUUCCUCAUCAAAGCCGCGCCUCCAUGUCGUCAAAUGCAGGCCGCCGCUGCUGAAACACCACCGACUAUCACCGGACAAGCACUGCAGCAGGCAGAUCGCGCUUAGGUCCGCCUUGCCUCUGCGGAGGCCUCGAGCCACCACUGAACAUGAACAACCCAUAUCAGCAGGGAGGGCAUGCGCCUAAUGUGCCGCCGGCUCUCCCUAUGCACGCGCAGCGCCGCGACUACAACCCCUAUGCGCAGCAUGCACCUCACACACCGCUGCCUCCUUACAACGGCUACCAGCACCCGCACGCAUACUACCACGCGCCGCCGCGAUGGCCGCAGCAGGCUUACCCGCAGCACUAUAUACCGCAGCAGCAGUGGAUGCCACCACAGCACUACGCGCAGCGUUCGCCGAUGGUGGUGAGCUCGCAACCUCAUGGACAGCCGAUGACCCCGGUCACACGACAGCAGCAUGCCAUUCCGCCCAUUCCACAGGCCACCCAGUCGCCACGACCUGUUCCGCAAUAUGUCCAUCACCAGCUGCCUGUAGCCUCUCCCUCGCCUGCACCGGCCCAAGCCCAUACUCCAGCUGCCAUCACAACGCCAGCUGCUGCAUCCGCUGCUUCCCCAGCUGUUGUAUCCAAGGCAGAGGAGCGUGUCGAGACUCCACCUCCAACAACGUCCAGAAGAUCAUCCAUUGCUACAAACCCGUUGGCACUUUCUCCGGAGUACAGAGAGCCAUUUUGGCCACAGCUCCCUUGGUACUCGGUACCUGAAGGUCACACUGCUUUCCCAGCACGUGCCACGCCUCGUCGCCGACGUCGACGGAACAUUCGCAAUGCUAACUCUGCUGUGGCCUUCCCACCUCUUGCAAGCGCUGUGGAGGAAGCUGCUACACCUGCCGCUGGCCAAAGCCAAGCCACCGGUGAGCCUGAGCCGGAGCAGCAAUCGGAAGCCUCGACAAUCGCGGCACCGUCCGAGCCAGAGACUCCAGCAACCUCUCAAGCACCUUCUGAAAGCGACUACACGAACGUCUCGACUCCUGCCACGCCCGCCCCAGCGCCCGUCCCUUCGCCGAAGCCGACGCCUACGCAACAGGCACCCCACGCUCGUCGAGACACGCGGACUGCCAUAGCAAUUCCGUCCAUACCUGGUCUCGCCAAACCAAAAGGAGUCUCGCCACCAUCGACUUCUCACAAAGAGGUGCAGUCGCAGGCAGGCGAGGAGAUCACGCCAAAGACAGAAGAACAAAUCACUAGCGCUGAGGAGAAGACCGCACCGGUUGAAGAGACUGUCAAGACACCAGAGGCUAAACCAGCGCCCAAGUCGUGGGCUGACCUGGUCAAGCGCAAUGCUCCGAAGGCUGCAGCUCACACUCCUGGUCUUCAGAAGAGCGAAGUCAUGACCAAUGGCAUUCCUCUUCCAAAGUCAGCUUCAUUGGCUGAUGCUCUGAGACAAUACAGUGUCAAUAGCGGGGCUCUCUUGAAUUUCCUUGAACCAAGAGGUCUGGUCAACACUGGAAAUAUGUGCUACAUGAACUCGAUAUUGCAAGUCUUGGUUUUCUGCGUGCCUUUCUACAACUUCUUGGAUCAGGUACGACAACGAACUGUGCAUUCUAUGAAGAGCGAGACUCCUUUGAUCGACGCCAUGAUCAUGUUCAUGCGUGAGUUUAAGAUUUUGGCUAGCGCGGAGUCGGCGGACAUGCUGCGUUCACGCUUGAAGCAAGAACAGCUUGAGCAGUAUGGCGACUCCAUCACCCCGGAUUAUGUCUACGAAGUGAUUCGGAAGUUGCCACGCUUUGCAGGUAUGAGGCGCGGACAUCAGCAAGAUGCCGAAGAGUUCCUGGGAUUCUUGCUGGAAGGACUUCACGAUGAAUGCGUGCAAGUCAUGCAAGGACAAGCCGAGGAGCAGCCACAGCCGAACGGCGUUUCUUCGCCCGAGACCGUCUUAUCUCCAGGAUCUGCCGAUGGUUGGCUUGAGGUUGGCCCCAAACAGAAAGCUGCCGUUACUCGCACCGCCGGCCAGCAGGAUGCUCCGUCUCCGGUUACCAAAAUCUUCGGCGGUCACCUACGCUCGGAGCUUCGUGUUCCAGGCCAAAAGGACUCCGUCACUUUGGAGCCGUAUAAACCACUUCAGCUUGACAUCGGUGCACAGCAUGUAAACAACAUUGUCGAUGCCUUGAAGGGGCUUACCAACACCGAAGCCUUAACUGGUGAUUUCGGUGGACGUGGCAAUACGGCAAAGAAGCAAGUGUUCAUUGACACUUUACCACCGGUGCUUGUACUGCACCUCAAGCGCUUCGAGUAUAACAGCAGCUUGAAUGGUACCCAGAAGAUAUGGAAGAAGGUUGGUUAUCCGCUUGAGCUGCAGGUCCCGAAGGAGGUCUUCUCCCCUGCAAGGCGCGCUAGCUUGCAAAUUUCUGGUCUGCCGAAGUACAGACUGACAAGCGUGGUUUAUCAUCAUGGCAAAUCCGCAGCAGGCGGGCACUACACCGUCGAUGUUCUGCGACAGGAUAGCCGGGAGUGGAUCCGCAUGGAUGAUACAAUCAUUCGCAGGAUUCGUGGCGAGGAUGUUGCCGAAGGCGGCGCUGAAGAAGAUCCCAAAAUUCUCGCCAAGGCCUUGGAGCAGCACAAGGCGGAUCAAGAUAUGCAGAAGCAGAGGAACAUGUACGGCGGCCUUGACGAGGCCGACAAGGAACCCGAAGAAGAGAAGCCAUGGUCUGAAGUCAACGGCAAUGUGAGUGGGCACAAGAAGAACUGGAGCGGCAUUGCUGCUUCUGUCACCAAUGGCACCGCAACGCCUACAAGUACCACGGGCAAGCGUACACCCACAGCGAAGCGAGAAGGAGUACGGGAUAACAAGGUCGCAUACAUUCUCUUGUAUGAGAGGAUUCGCGAUUGAGGAGGGUAAGGAAAACGGGAAAUAUGGUGGCAUGUGCCACUGCAGAUGUGCCGGUAGGUAAAGUCUGAUGUUCGCACCGUUUUGGAGCAAGGCUGCGCUGGCGACGCACAGUGCACAGCUUCAUCGGACAUGGACUAGACUCGCAAGGGCGAAAGGGCAUGCAAAAAAGUUCGGCAUUAGCGAUGGCGUCGGCGGACGCUUGUGUGAAACGUGUGCACGCGGAAAUGUGUUUUGUUUCCGCGUGCCUCAUCUUGGACUAACGACGAUACGCUACGGGUGUAUUUGUAGUGCACAGAACAGCAAGAGCAUCGCACGAAGCUGUUAUCAUGAUGAGAGAGGCCCCGUGGUUGGGUUGUCUUCGGCUUCAGGCUGCAGCUUGCUUCGUGUGAGCGGGUUGCAAGCGAUGUGUUCAAGCUGUGUGUAGAUAUAGUGAGAGAUCUAUCAGUAAAUGACAUCUCUUUCAUCCUUUGGGCCCCUCUUGUUGGGACUGAGCCUCGCUAUC